UCCGUGACCGCAGUAACCGGGUCUCCAUGGAAACGCAAUACAAACUACCACUGUGGGGAGUCGGUUUUAUUUCUGCUUUUUCACGUCAGCUCGAUAGAAAUGCCUCAAAGCGCCGGGUCAUCAUCUGGGAAACUGUCGGGCAGCAGCGGUUUGUCUCGCCGCUAUCGCAGACGGGCCCACACCUCUCAUGUGGACGAGACCCUUUUUGGGACCCCCAAACAGCAUUCUGCUGCUGAUAUAAAAGAUGAUGCUGAAGGCAGAGGCGUGAGGUCAAGGUCACUGUCGCGCUCGGCUCCUGCAACCAAAGAGCCAGAAACAGUCCGCAUCAUCACUAAAGACCUCAUCAGAGACCUCAGAAUCCCAAGUGAGGACCCAUCUGGACAGUCUGUCAUCCUGUCCUCGGCUCAGUUCAGGCGGAUUAUGGUGGAGUCUCAUGUCCCCAGUGAAGAGGAGAAAGCAGCUGUGCUGGAGGCCCAACGCCAAGCCUGUGAAGAAGCUAUAGAUUCAGCAGAGCAGAGAAAAGCACAGAUGCGUCAGGCGGACCUCUCUCGGCAGAAGAACCAGAGCCUCAGUGAGCUCGAGAUAGAGGCGAGGGACCGCGCUCAGUACCUGUUGGAACGAGCCAACACCCUGAGAAUGGAACAAGAGGACGAAGUCAAGAAGCUUAAUGAGUUGAUUCAGAAAGUGCAGUGCCACGUUGUCCGGGAUGCGCAGAUUGAGGAGAAGAAACAGAACCGCGCAAAGUGGCUGGAGGAGGAGAAAAGGCUGGAUGCCAUCAUGGAGGUGGAGCGUCGCCGGGCCUUAGAAACUCAGGAACAAAUCGAACAACUGCGCAAAGAGCAGAUGAUUCACGGGAAGCUGCGCGUCCUCGACCAGAUCCAGAUGCGUCUGGAGGAGAAAAUGCUUCAGGAUGAGAUGAAGGAGCAGGAGGGUCAGCAGUUGCUGGAAAACAUGGAAAAGAUGCAGAUGGAGGAGAUCAAGGUCAUUGAAAGGAAGAAAGAGGAGCAGAGGAAUUUGCUUCGGGAGAUUCAGAGGAUAAAUGAGGAGAACCUGCUUGCUAAAGAGCAGAGAAAGGAAGAAGAGAGAUUAGCAGAUCUGCGUGCUGUAGAGUAUACAACCAAGAAGUUGGAACGAGAGGCAGAGUUUGAAGCUGAGCAGAUACGAAUCAAGAAAGAAAAAGAGAAGGAAGUGGCGCGACUGAGAGCUCUUCAAGAACGGGAUAGAGACCAUAAAGCUGAGCAGGAUGAGAUCAGGGCACGGAGGAACCAGGAAGCGGCUGCGAGGGAAUGGAGAAGAAAAGAGAAAGAGCAGGCUAAGAAAAAGCUGGAAGAGGAAGAGAAGCUAAAGGCUGCUCGCUUGGUGCAAGUCACUCAUAAGGAGCACUUGCUGUCCAUUGAAGCUGGACGAGAGAGAGCAGAGUUUGAGAGGGUCCUGAGGGCACAGCAGGAUCUCAUUGAGAAAGAACGAGAAAAAGAGGAGCAGCGGCGUCAACACAUCCAAAGGCAUGCUGAGGCUGUGAGGCAGCAGGUACGGGAGAGAGAAGCGCAGGCCGUCAGCCAGCGCAGAGAGAUGUUUCGAGAGGGGGAACGGCUGGAAGAGGAGGCGCGCAGUCGCAGAGCCCGACUGGACGAGAUCAAAGAAAAGAAGCUAAGGGAACUCAGGGCAGCUGGGCUCUCAGACAAGUACUGCAAGCAAGUGGAGCGUAAAGUUCAAGCUCUUCCAUCUCUUUCAAACUGAGGAGCAAGAGAAAUGGAGGCUAUGUCUAACUAAUACAAUCAGAAAAAUAUGUGGUUUGUCUGGACAAGUA